AUGAUAGAGAGAAUGAAUAGGACCAUACAAGACAUGCUGUCAAAGUACAUAAAGAGUAAUCAAAAGGACUGGGAUCUACAUUUGGAUUACAUAACCUUGGCCUAUAAUUCAACGCCUCAUGAAAGUACUAGCGUAUCACCUCAUAAAAUGGUAUUUGGAAGAGAAAUUAAACUACCACUUGACAUUAUGGCGAAUAAUGUAGUAGAAGAGAAGACGUUUGAGACAGAUUUUGUGCGGAAUUUGAAAGAUAACUUGUGCCAGGCUCAUGAAUUUGCACGUAAAUCCUUACAGAAAUCUUCAGAAAGGCAGAAACAACAAUAUGAUUUGAAAGUUAGAGAAAAGAGCUACGAAGACUUACCGGGAGUUGUCGUCCACGGAGAUAAUUUAAAAGAAUACAAAGGCGAAAAGAAAAUUUAUUGGUUCAAUGGAAGAAUUCAAGAAGAAAGUUUUCCUACAGAACUACCAAAUUUGGAUGCUUUUAAAGAUGAUGAACAUUUGGAGAGAAAUGAAAUACAACCCAGGAAUGGAAAAGAAUGUACAGACGCCGAACCGGGGCCUAACGCUGACACUGAAUUAAAAUCGGACUCGGACGCCGAAUUAGGAUUAGGUAACGAUGUCGAAUUAGAAUCCGAGUCGGAAGCUGAAGUGAGAUCGAGUAGAGAUACAGCGAUUAUUGUAAACAAAAAUGCCACGAGGUUUGGAAGAAGUUUAAGAAAGCCUGAAAGAUUAUAUUGA